AGGCCCGUGCAGGGGUCCCGCCAGUCCCGCUGGUGGAGGCGGAGCCCCCCCCGACCCCAGCUCUGUACAGGGGCUGUUGCCGGGGAGGGGCUCAUUACUGAACGGGGCUCAUUACCGGGGCAGGUGGUUAUUACCGGGCGGGCGCUGGGUUAUUACCUGUGCGUGGGUCAUUCCCGGGCGGUGGGUCACUCCCUUCGGUGGGUCACUCCCUGCCGUGGGUCACUCCGGGGCAGGUGUGGGUUGCAGGGGUCCCGCCCUGGGCCCGGGCACCGCGUCCCCAAUGCGGGCAGGAGCCGGCACUGGGCCAUGAGCAACGCGACGGCCCCCACGGCCCCGGGCACGGCGGGCGAUUCGCUGGUGGGCUCCGUGCUGGGCCCCUUCCUCUUCCUCACCCUCCUGGGCGCCGUCCUGGCCGCGGUGAUGUACGUGCAGAAGAAGCGCAGGUCCGAGCGGCUGCGGCACCGGCUGCUGCCCAUGUACAGCUACGACCCGGCCGAGGAGCCGCCCGAGUCCGAGCAGGAGCUCCUGGUGGAGGCCGAGGAGCCUCAGGUGGUGCCUGGAUGGGGGGGACCCUCACCCCCUCGGCCCCCACACAGGGACUGGAGGGCCUGACCCUGCCCGAAGCAACAGGACCAGGUCCUGCCCAUGGCAGGGAAGGGAGGACGGUGCUGGCACCAUGGGAUGGGCAGGACGUGCCCACAGUGGUCCCACACCCGAGCACUGACUGGGGAACAUCUCCCACCUCAGCAGCUGGUUUUUUUUUUUUUUUUGCUUGAACUGCUUCACCAGCCCUUGGAAGGCUCAAGGUGGGGCAGCAGGGCCUGGGGAGAGCAGCAGGCUCCGGGCACUGGGGGAUGCCUGGGGGCAGAUGGAGCAAAUAAACGUGUCUCUGCCUUCGGC